AUGAAGCGCACGCGCGACGGCGAGUCCGAGCCCGCCGCCGCCGAGGACGGCAGUCCCGGGCCUUCGGACUCGGGCGGCGCGCCUGCCGGCGGCUCGGGCGCCUCACGCGUCGGCGCGACGGUGCGCGGCGCGCUCGCACGCCUUCCGUCGGCAGAGAUGUACGAGCGCUCGUACAUGCACCGCGACUGGGUGACGCACGUGCUGGUGACGCGCACCGACUUCGUCGCCACCGCGAGCCGCGACGGCCAGCUCAAGUUUUGGAAAAAGAUGCCGCGCGGCAUCGAGUUUGUCAAGCACUUUCGGGCGCACAUGAAGCCGUUCGCGGGCCUGGCCGCGUCGCCCGACGGGUCGCUGCUCGCCUCCACCUCGGCCGAUCGCGGGCUCAAGGUCUUCGACGUGCUCGCCUUCGACAUGAUCGCCUGGAUCAAGCUCGACUUCACGCCCGGUGUCUGCGAGUGGGUCGGCGGCGCGGGAGCCGGCGCACACGCGAACGCGAGCAGCCGGACACUGCUCGCGGUGGCGGACGCGGACUCGCCCGAGGUGCGCCUGCUCGACGCCGCCUCGGGCGAGGGCACGCCUCUCCACACCGUCCGCGUCCACUCCGCCCCCGUGCUGCUGCUCCGCUUCAGCCCGGCGUUUGGCGCCGUCGUCUCGGCAGACGCGCGCGGCGUCCUCGAGUACUGGUCGGCGACGGAGCCGUUCGGGCUGCCCGCCGGGGAGCACUUCGCGGUCUGCGCGAGCGACCUCAAGGUGCGCCUCUUCUCCUUCCGCACCGGCAAGACGCGCCGCACGUACGACGAGUCCUCCGAGAGUCUGCACGCGCUGCAGAAGGACGGCGACGACGCGUACCGGCUCGAGGCGUUCGACGAAUUAUCAAUGCACUUAUCAUGA